AUGGAGUUGAAUAACAUUGAGUGUGUGACAUCCUCAGAUGGCAUGGAUGAAGAUGAGAUCCAUCCGCAUCAUCACUCUGAGUUUUCUUCCACAAAGCAUAGAAAUGCUGCUGCAAAUAUCAAUAAUAUUUUGGGUCCUAAUGCCAUUGCUCCUAUAACCAGCGUUCAUGAAUUGCUUGAAUGUCCUGUUUGUACUAAUUCUAUGUACCCUCCAAUUCAUCAGUGUCACAAUGGUCACACACUGUGUUCGACAUGCAAAACACGGGUGCAUAACCGAUGUCCAACAUGUAGACAAGAGCUUGGAGAUAUUAGGUGUCUGGCAUUGGAGAAGGUGGCGGAAUCACUCGAGUUACCGUGCAAGUACUACAACCUCGGAUGUCCUGAAAUCUUUCCAUACUACAGCAAGCUUAAGCAUGAGACAGUCUGUAAUUUUAGACCAUAUACUUGUCCUUAUGCUGGAUCCGAGUGUUCCACUGUUGGCGAUAUUAACUUCCUCGUUGCUCAUUUGAGGGAUGAUCAUAAGGUUGACAUGCACACCGGAUGCACAUUCAACCAUCGUUAUGUGAAGUCGAAUCCUCGUGAAGUAGAGAAUGCAACCUGGAUGCUCACAGUAUUUCAUUGCUUUGGCCAAUAUUUCUGCCUUCAUUUCGAAGCUUUUCAGCUUGGCAUGGCUCCUGUUUACAUGGCAUUCCUUCGAUUCAUGGGCGAUGAGAAUGAAGCUCGGAACUACAGUUAUAGCCUGGAAGUUGGUGCCAAUGGCAGGAAACUAAUUUGGGAGGGUACACCGCGAAGUGUUCGGGAUAGCCACCGAAAAGUCAGGGAUAGCCACGAUGGUCUCAUAAUUCAAAGAAAUAUGGCACUGUUUUUCUCAGGUGGGGAUAGAAAGGAGCUGAAACUUAGAGUGACAGGAAGAAUAUGGAAGGAACAGAAUCAAGAUGCUGCAGUGUGCAUACCAAAUCUAUGUAGCUGA